UGGAAUGAAAGGUAUCUUAGUACUAAUAAAUAGUACUGAAGCAUUGACCAACCAUGUGCACGGCACUGAAGCUUUUAAUCCUAGUCGAACACAAAUCCAAACUGAAAAUGCAUACCUAUACGUCACAUUCACUCUUUCGUUCAUUCACUUACUUUUUUUGCAGUUUCAUAUUACAAAAGUUAUGAAAUAUAAGCCCCUAGAAACAAAGAUAUUGAGAUUUUAAACAUGAUAUUGAUUUAUCUCACAAUAAUCGAGAAGUACCAAACUCGCAGUCAUAACUAUAUGACUCAUAGACACAGAGCAAUCCUUAAGAAAAUAUAGUACUUAGGCCAGAAAUCUGAAUGUCAACAUCAUCUGAUUUUUUCCAAAGAUAGAAAAGAUAAUAAAUAUAAUAAAAUAGUUCUCAAGCUUAUAAAAUUAGGAUUUAUAUUUCACAAACAGUGAUUGGUAUCUAACUCGUCAUGAUCUUGUAGUGAUAGUGAUAACAUCUUACAUGAUAAGGUGUCAGACCGCGAUGCUGUUGAUAGCCAGUGCACUAUCGCGACUCUUAGCGCGAGCAGGUACCCAUGACCUGACGGUUGGUGAAGUGCAAAAUACCUAAAUGAAAACAGAACCUACAACUAAAAUGUUGCAUGCGUCAGAGAUUAGGGAGCAAAAUAUAGACUUUACGAUUAUUUAUUUAAAUAUAUAACACUUUAUAUAUUUCCAGCCCGGUUACCGUUCGUUCCUAUCUAUCUACUGUUGCAUUUAUUAAGUGACUGAUCGAUAAUUUUUCAACUAACUCAUACCUGUUAAAUGAUUUUAUAAAUCACUGGCUUCCAAAAAUCAUAACUUAGCUAUAUUUAGAAAGAAAAAAACAAGUGCCGUGGUUAGUAAAUUGUAGCAAGAUGUCUCACGAGGAGGUGGAGAGUGCCAACUGGAAGGGUGCGAACAAGCGGGUGUCCUCGCGGAAGAGCUUGGAGAGCCCGCCGCCGCCGCCGCCCGACGGCGGCUGGGGCUGGGUCGUAGUCUUUGCCUCCUUCAUGAUACAUAUAGUCAUUGACGGGCUGACCUAUUCAUUCGGCGUUUUAUAUUAUGAGUUCCUGGGCUACUUUCAAGAGGGCGAAAGCAAGACCGCGUGGAUCGUAUCAAUACUGUGCGCGAUCACACUCAGUUCAGGCCCAUUAACGGGUUCACUUGUGAACCGUUGGGGCUGUAAACUGGUGACGAUGUUCGGAGGCUUGCUAGCCGCGGCCUGUAUUAUCGCGUCGGCCUUCGCGGGCAACGUGCUGACGCUCAUCUUCACCAUCGGUGUGGGCACCGGCUUCGGCUGCGGCCUCAUCUACCUGCCCGCCAUCGUCAGCGUCACCGUCUGGUUCGAGCGGUACAGAAGUCUUGCUACAGGCAUUGCAGUGUGUGGUUCAGGACUUGGAACGUUUAUUUUUCCGCAUUUAACAAAGGGUCUAAUCUCCAGUUAUGGUUGGAGAGGUGCUUUGGUUAUUAUUGGCGCCCUUAUAUCAAACUGCAUUCCAUUAGGCUUUUUGUUUCUACCAGUACCCGAAAUGCCCAGAACAGCGGCUAGCGAUCCGACGCUUACAAAACUAAAGAAAUCAGGAUUGAAAAAAUCCCAAAGUACUGAGCACAUGGCUCGAGCAAACGGCCGUACAGAAGACGGCGAUGUGGCUAGACUAACUCUCUCGCAGCCCGCCCUGAACAAAUCUCACGAGCCUAAGCAGCAGCCGCAUUCUAGACAUGGCAGCGGUAUCAUGAACAGACCUGAUGUACUAUAUCAAGGAAGUAUGACAAGCCUCUCGAAAUUCCGGGCUUCAUCUCCAGUAAGAAUUCAAACUAUGACCAAAGACGAAGAGUCUAAAUCGCCUUUAUCGGAAAUGCUUGAUGUAUCUCUGUUGGUGGACCCCAUAUUUGUAUUAUUCUCUGUAUCAAACAUUUUGACUAAUAUAGGAUUUUAUAUACCCUAUGUUUAUACUGUGACCAUGAGCAAUGAGUUGGGUGUCGAAAAUCCGGAACGUUUAAUUUCUAUAAUGGGGGCGGCUACUUUAGUCGGGAGGAUAGUUCUCGGCUUUGUUAGCGACAAACCUUGGGUGAAUAGGUUGAUGGUGUACAAUGUGUGCCUCACGAUAGCUGGCAUGAGUAUGGCUUCAGCAGCAGUGUGCACAGAGUUCUGGGGUCUAGCCAUGUAUGCGGCGAUGUACGGCUUCACGUCUGGAGCAUACGUGGGAUUAACGUCGGUGGUACUGGUGGAUCUUUUUGGGAUGGAGAAACUGACUAAUGCCUUUGGCCUCUUGCUAUUUUUCCAAGGCUUGGCGUCACUAUUUGGGGCGCCUCUUGCAGGAUGGCUCGUGCAAGCGACAGGCUCAUAUACGCCCACUUUCAUUGGGGCCGGAGCUUUCGUGUCGGUCAGCGGGGUGAUGCUAUUCGUGAUACCAUUGAUGCAGCGACGCCGGCGCACGAGCCCUGCGCGCGCGCGCUCACCUCAGGAGCUACCUUUGGACCAUAUGUAGUGGCUUGCCAACGGGGUGCGCACACAAUCCUUCAGGCAAAUUGCGGUUUAAAAAUUGCUACGGCUGUGGCUUUGAUCUUGCUAUACCACGACUUUGACAGGUCUGGCAGCGCAUCUAACACUCACUAAUAAGCGCGAGCGAUCCUCAGGGUCGUAUCAGUAAUCAGUUCCAAACCACCGAAUAUUCCUUCACCAAUAUGGUAUAUAUGUAUUUUAUUCUAGUGCUCGUACUAUAGAAGAAGAUAAUUAAACUUUUACAAAGGUGAAAAUAGCUAAGAAUUUGUAAAUAUGGCUUAUCUUAGCAACGAAUGCAUGUGAUAAAAGUUUUGAUGACUGAAGCAUUAAACUCAUUCCAAAGAUAUAGUUUACGCAUAGCUAACUUAGUACAUGGAAUAUAUUGUAGGUAUGACGAAAAAUAAAUAAUGUAAAUAUAGUAUUUAACGAAAAGGUGCAGUAAUAAUAUAUUUAUUUUAACCUUA